AUGGAACUAUAUGGUCAUAACCCCGAUUUUGAAAUGUCAUACUUGUCUCAAAAAAUCUAUUUUGUUGGACCAACCUCUGCAUCAAGCACUCCCUUUUGUGUGAUCUUCUGCUCCGUCAACAUCUUCAAAUCACCAAAGGAAUCUGGUUUUGCUACCUGGAACAUCUCAAUCGCUUUUGGAACAGCUUCAAACAAUAGAAUGGAUACGUGCCCAAGUUACGAGAUGUUAUCAAAGAAAGAACUUUAA